AUGGAUCCUCCCAAGGCAUCUACUGGAAAACUAGCGUCGUUCAUGACCGGCCUUGUGUUGGUUUUCUCAAUCACUUGUCUUGCAGCGGCAUGUCUCUUGGUUAUGACCCAGUCUUGUGAUCAGGAAAUCGUCACUGUAGAGCUCGCUCCAAGGACUCAUGGUGACAACAAACUUUAUAAAAUACACUGUCCCUCCUUUACCACUAAAAACGAAACGGAGAAAAUUGAAGUGGAGAUCACAGACGACACAUUCGAGCAUCAAAAAGAAGAGUUUCUCGUUCAAGCGAUAUCCGACAAGAAUGUAUUGGAGAGUCUCUACGUCAAUGGUGCACACUCCCCGGAAGACAGCUGGUCCAACGAGAAGAAGCUCUACAGCUUCUGGUACAAUCCGGACCCCGCAAGAUUCCAAGGAGUCGACGAACUUCUCCAACUGACCGGCAACAAUCAGACUCUUGCAAAGUUCCUCACUCUUGGUAGAGUCCGUUCCAAAACCCAGGAAAGCAAACCAACCGAUCUGAUGUUUUAUGUGACCGACAGAGUGUUCAAGAAGGAGAUUGUGAUUGGAGGAUGCGCCUAUUCCAACACAACCUGUCACGAGACCAGUCUCCUUUUCGUGAAGAAUGAUUUGUAUGUCUAUGAGAAGUUCGUCUCCGAGUUCGCCGUUAUCAACUUCGUACGCGUCUUCUACAUUCCCGCUGAGGACUUGUUGAGCACAAUUAUUAUCUAA